AUGUCCCAAGCACUCAAGUUAUACACAUGGGGUACUCCCAAUGGAUUCAAAGUUUCCAUCUUUUUGGAAUUCCUUGGUCUCAAGUACGAUGCAAUCCCCGUCGACAUUAGCAAAAACGAAUCGAAACUGGACUGGUUUGUCAAGUUGAAUCCCAAUGGGCGUAUCCCCACCAUUGAAGACCCCAAUUUUUCCAAAGGUGGAGACUCAGGUUUGGUAUUGAGCCAAACUGGUGCCAUAUUGCAAUACCUUGCAGACACGUAUGACAAGGAGCACAAGUUUAGUUACCCAUAUGGAACUGAAGAGUACUACAAGACGUUGGAGUACUUGGUUUUCCAAGUUAGUGAAAAUGGACCUAUUCAAGGCCAAGCCAACCAUUUCAUCUUGUAUGCACCUGAAAAAGUGCCAUAUGGAAUCAAUAGAUAUUCCAAUGACGUCAAGAGAAUCUACGGAGUUUAUGAGGAUAUCUUGUCAAGAAACAAGGCCAAUGAUAGCAAGUACUUGGUUGGUGAUCGUUACACCGUUGCUGAUUUCGCCUUGUUUGGAUGGGCAGUGGCUUUAAGAGUUUUGGAUAUCGAUAUUCACCAAUGGCCAUUGUUGGGUAAGUGGCACGAUGCCUUGUUUGCUUUGCCUCAAGUGCAAAAGGGUAUCAGAGCUGUUCCACCAAAAUGGUUGGCUGAACAAGAGAAGCAAAAGUAG